AUGCAUUUUCAAUCCACCACCCUUAUCCUCGCUUUUGCCAUGGCCACUGGUCUGAUGGCUUCUCCUUUGAAGGAAAAGGCCACGAACGAGCUGGUCGAGCUCUUUCGAGAGGAUGGCAGCGACGGUGGCCAACUCAUCUAUUUUGGCCAUGGCGACAACACCGGCACAGAGACAGAGGCUCUCCAGGACCGUGCAUCCUGCUCAUCUACCGCAAAAAUUAACUGCCAUAGCAAGCAUGCGGCGCGUAAUGAAGUCUGCGACAAGCUCGUUACUCAUCUCCAGGGUUACUCGGACGUCGCAGUUGCGGGAUCGCCUCGUCAGAUUUGCUACAAGGGUGAAUCGGAGGAUGAUGAGUAUUGCUGUGUCUCGUGGCAUAAUACAAUCCCCGGCCUUACCAAGGGAGAUCUGGCUACUUAUGCCGAAAACAUCUUCAAACAGUGUACCAGCAAUGGUAUCUCUGGAAAGACCGAGAAGGUCUUGGUUCACUCGACUUGCACCAAUGUCUGCAUGUCCAACCGCGGAACCCAUUGCUAA